AUUUCAUCGGAACAACUCCUAUUAGUCGUUGUCCUUUCAGUCUCUUGGCCGGAUUUUCCAACGAUCUCGCUGGAGGGAAACGUUCUCCGGCGUUUCCCGAUUCUCCGGAUCCGAUUUAUUCAUCGAAUCUCGUCAGCAAUUGUUUUGUUCUGUUUUUUUUCCCCUUUCCUUUUUGAUCUUACCUGUAUUAACCACUGAGCUUUCCCUUUCCUUUUCCAUCUGACUUCAGUUUGUAAUUUCUUUUCUUCAAUUUCUCAAUGGAGGACUGCAUCAGCAGCGAUGAAGACUACUAUGACUCCGAUCGAGAAUCUCUCCACGGCCUCGAGAACGAGGACUCUGAAAUUCAGUGGAUUCCUAAAAGUUCUGCGACUAAGGUUAUUACGAAGGAAUGUCUCCUUGCGGCACAGAAGGAGGAUAUGCGUAGAGUAAUGGAUAUGUUAUCAUUGAGGGAAUACCAUGCUCGGACCUUACUCAUUCAUUACCGAUGGGAUGUGGAGAAAUUGUUUGCAGUACUUGUGGAGAAAGGGAGACAUCAUUUGUUUGCUACAUCUGGUGUUACUAUGAUUGGGAAUCAAAGUAUUAGCUCCUCUGAGCCUUCUUCCAUGGUGAUGUGUGAUAUCUGCAUGGAGGAAGUUCAUGGCAAUGAUGCAACUAGAGUUGACUGUGGCCAUUGCUUUUGUAAUAACUGUUGGACUGAACAUUUCAUUGUGAAAAUAAACGAGGGUCAAAGUCGGAGAAUUAGAUGCAUGGCUCAUAAAUGUAAUGCUAUUUGCGAUGAAGCUGUUGUUAGGAAUCUAGUUAGUAAAAGGCAUCCGGAUCUUGCCAAUAAAUUUGAUCGUUUUCUUCUUGAAUCGUACAUUGAGGAUAACAAGAGAGUCAAAUGGUGUCCGAGUACUCCUCACUGUGGUAACGCUAUACGCGUGGAGGAUGAUGAGUUUUGUGAAGUAGAAUGUUCGUGCGGUCUUCAAUUUUGUUUCAGUUGCUUAUCAGAGGCUCACUCACCAUGUUCAUGUUUGAUGUGGGAACUUUGGAUUAAGAAGUGUCGAGAUGAAUCCGAAACAGUUAACUGGAUGACAGUACAUACAAAACCCUGUCCAAAGUGCCACAAACCCGUCGAGAAGAAUGGUGGCUGUAACCUUGUCAGUUGCAUCUGUGGACAAGCAUUUUGUUGGCUGUGUGGUGGAGCUACCGGUCGAGAACACACUUGGUCGAGUAUUUCUGGUCACAGUUGUGGGCGUUACAAAGAAGAAUCAGCACAAAAAGCUGAAAGAGCAAAACGGGAUUUGUAUCGCUAUAUGCACUAUCAUAAUCGAUACAAAGCUCAUACAGAUUCUUGUAAGCUGGAAAGCAAAUUGAAGGAAUCCAUACAAGAGAAGAUUUCGAUAUCUGAAGAGAGGGAAUCCAUGCUGAGAGAUUUUAGUUGGGUAAACAAUGGACUUCAUAGGCUUUUCAGAUCAAGGCGGGUUUUAUCAUAUUCUUACCCAUUUGCAUUCUAUAUGUUCGGGGACGAGCUAUUCAAAGACGAGAUGACCGAGGAGGAAAGGGAAAUAAAGCAACAUCUUUUUGAGGACCAACAGCAACAACUUGAGGCAAAUGUUGAGAAGCUCUCCAAGUUCUUAGAGGAACCGUUUGAUCAAUACGCCAAAGAUAAGGUAAUGGAGAUAAGGAUGCAAGUCAUCAAUCUGUCCGUUAUCACCGAUACCCUUUGCAAGAAGAUGUAUGACUGUAUUGAAAAUGAUCUUCUGGGUUCUCUUGAACUGGGUAUACACAAUAUCGCUCCGUACAAGUCGAAAGGAAUCGAGAAAGCUCUGGAACUUUCAGCUUGUUGGAACAGCAAAACGAAUACUACUAUUGAUAAAUAUCUUCCAUCAGAUUGUAGUACAAGUGGAGGAUUGUCGGAACGGGAUCGUCUGUCUGGUUUGAACUCCGAAGAGAAUGGAUGCUCUUCUAGGAAGCGUGCCAGAGCAGACGUUGUUACUGGCAACUUUUUUGAUCUAAACUUGCCUGCUGAGGUGGUUGACAGAAACUAAACUAAUAUCUGGAAGUUGCGUGGUUAUAAAGUACAGUUGUACAGAUCUGACAUAAAACAAUAGCUUCGUUAGCAUGGGACCAGGUAAUCUUAGGUGUUCUUUCAAUUCUUCACUCGUUGUUCACCAUCUUUUAUUAUCUUAUCUUCGGCUGAGCUAUAGUUUGAAAGAGAAUCUGUGAUGUUCUUCACUUCACUCACGUUCCUUAUUUCCAUUUUGCUUUAGAAGAAUCCGCAAAUUGUACAUAGCUGUGAUAUCGAGGUUUGAUGGUAUUUGGAAUGUAAAUGCUAGCUAGCUGAACUCUCAGCCUGAGUUAGACAGAGGGUAUUUAUUAUAUGCAUUUUGAGGUAGUCUGAUAUUUCUCU